AUGGAUUUCUUAAACGAUUCAAAUUUUUCCCUCGGAGACACUAACUCAACAACAACAGCUGUAGAUGGGGCCCUUCACUGCAGUGCCGUCCUCCCAGUCAUCUUUGGCAUCAUCUGCUUUCUAGGUAUCAUAGGAAACUGUAUUGUCAUCUACACCAUCAUGAAGAAGACCAAGUGUCGCGCAAAGCAAACUGUCCCAGACAUCUUUAUUUUAAAUUUGUCAAUUGUUGAUCUCCUGAUUCUCCUUGGGAUGCCUUUCCUCAUCCACCAGCUGCUGGGCAAUGGCUCCUGGCAUUUUGGAGCUGCAAUGUGUACGGUCAUCACUGCGCUUGACUCCAAUAGCCAGAUUGUCAGUACUUACAUUCUCACUGCAAUGACCUUUGACCGUUACUUGGCUACUGUCCAUCCCAUACGCUUCAACUACAUCCGCACACCGUGUGUGGCAACGCUGGUCAUCGGCCUGGUGUGGUCGCUGUCUUUACUCACCAUCAUCCCUGUGUGGAUGUACGCAGGCCUGAUGCCUCUGCCAGAUGGCCUGGUGGCUUGUGCUCUCCUUCUGCCUGAUCCAGUCACCAACACAUACUGGUUUACACUUUACCAGUUCUUCUUGGCAUUUGCUAUACCUUUGGCCAUCAUCUGCCUUGUGUUCUUCAAGAUCCUCCAGCACAUGUCCACCAGCGUGGCACCGCUGCCUCCACGGAGUUUGAGGGUGCGCACCAGGAAGGUGACCCGGAUGGCAGUGGCCAUCUGCUUGGCUUUCUUCAUCUGUUGGGCCCCUUACUACAUCCUUCAGCUGGUCCAUCUAGGGGUGCAGGAGCCAAGCCUGGCUUUCACCUACACCUACAACAUAGCCAUUAGCAUGGGAUAUGCUAACAGUUGCAUCAACCCAUUCCUCUACAUUAUCCUCAGUGAGACCUUCAAGAGGCAGUUUCUCAGGGCUGUACGCCCGGUUAAUAGGAAGUUCCGUGUGAACCCGAGCACCACAGAUGGUGGCAGUGUGAGCGUGAGAAUGAUACCUGAAGGGGCUCAGCAGCAGCAUGCCUCUGAGGAGAUUGUACCACCCAAUGGUGCCCCACAGUGA